AUGUCAGCUUAUUUGUGGAAAAGCUUCGACGAGGAUGAAGAUCGACCGGAGAAGCCUCGGCGAUGUGGAGUUACCGAGAUGAGAGGCCCUCAUUACACUCUCUCAAGCCAAAAUGUUAUUCAGGAAAUUUUUGAGUCUGUGGGUCAAUUUGUCGAUGGGUUAAAAUUCUCCGGGGGUUCUCACAGCCUGUUGCCGAGGGAUUUUAUGAAAGAGGUGACGGAAAUGGCUCAUCGACAUGACAUCUAUGUCAGUACGGGUGACUGGGCGGAGCAUUUACUUCGCAAAGGUCCAUCGGGUUUCAAAGAGUAUGUGGAGGAAUGUAAGCUCUUGGGAUUUGACACUAUUGAGCUCAACGUGGGAUCACUUGAAGUUCCUGAAGAAACUCUUCUGAGAUACGUGCGCUUGAUUAAGAACGGUGGCCUUAGGGCUAAGCCUCAGUUUGCAGUUAAGUUCAACAAGUCUGAUAUUCCCGUCAGUGGCAAUCGCGCAUUUGGAGCUUAUAUUGUUCCAAGACCACGAUCUUCUGAACUUGUAGAAGAUGUUGAUCUUUUGAUCAGAAGGGCUGAGAGAUGCCUAGAAGCUGGGGCAGACAUGAUAAUGAUCGAUGCAGACGAUGUCAGUAAACAUGCCGAGUCUCUUCGAACAGACAUUAUUGCCAAGAUCAUUGGGCGUCUUGGUCUAGAGAAAACGAUGUUUGAAGCAUCGAAUCCCCAAACAUCAGAGUGGUUUAUCAAUCAUUACGGGCCAAAGGUGAAUCUUUUUGUGGAUCACUCUCAAGUUAUGGAUCUGGAGUGCCUUCGGGGCCGCAACCUGGGUAAAAAUCAUUCAUCUAUUCUUGGUUCGUCCUACCUUCGGAUUUGAAGUCUGUGUCAACUCCAGAGAUUUAUGUUGGGUUCUAUAUAUGAACUUCAACAUUGCAUUGUUGCAGUGUGUUUUGAUGCUUUUAGAUAAAUUGCAAUACACCCUUUUUUUCUCUUCUUGAUCAGAACUCCAAAAUGUAUUUCUUUACUUUUCUUUAGUAAAUGAAAUGGUUCCUGGAUGAAUGAAAUAACAUAUUUUGACUGUUGUAUCAA